AUUCCUGACUGAAAGCGUUAAUUCUCAGAGUGAACAUCACGUGUUUCCGCCUUCCACCGGAAGUUCGUGGAGUUUCAGCUGUGGUAACCGCGCUCCACCAUCCUGGGAUCUCUAUGGUGAAACUAACAAACACAAUGAAUAAAGAGUCCAGACUAAAAGCACGGGUAAACCAGAAGCUGACAGAGACCGGAGAAAGAGAUAGACUGAAGGAGCUGCUGAGAGCUAAGCUCACUGAGUGUGGAUGGGAGGACCAAAUGAAGGCCCAAUGCAAAGAGGUCAUCAAAGAAAAGGGUUUGGAGCAUGUGACCGUAGAGGACAUUGUUUUGGAGGUCACUCCCAAAGGAAGAGCCUUGGUGCCAGACAGCGUAAAGAAGGAACUCCUACAGAGAAUACGAGCCUUUCUGACGCAGCACGUCUCAUAAUUAACCUGAUUUCUUCGGCGUUUGCCAAUAUCAUUCUCAUAAGGAGUUUCGUUUUUGUUUUAAGGAUUUAAUGGAAUUGUAAAAUAUUUUUUUGGAGUGAUUUAUAAAUCUUUUUCAAGUCACCUAUGCUAUCUACACUGAUUAGGGUUAUAAUAAGCAAUAUUUUGAAACAAUUGAUACUAAGAAAUUUAAAUAUUCAGAUGCUCAUGUGUGUCAAAAUCAAUAUAAACUGACCUAUUUACAUUAGUUGUAGCACUUCCUUUCGACAGCGGUGAUGCGCACUGCUAAACAAUUAAAAUAAAAAAAACUGCAUGACUAAAUCAAAGCUACACACUUCCAUAAAGGACAGCAACACUUUUACCAAAUGUUGUCUACAGUUUUGCCAAGCAGGUUAAUGACACUUUUAAAUGACGUAUUUUUCUAAAUGAAGGCUGAAUUGUCCCCUACUUAUUGCUUUCGCUCUAAUUAAGGAAGUUUAAAGUCAUUCUUUACUCUUUUUUUUUUCUCUUAACUAGAAAGAACACUGUGCCUUUAAAAAAAAAAAAGUAGUGUAGAAAAAUGUAUAGAGUAUUUUUUAGUAUCAGCAUCGAGUUUGAAAGUUCAGUAUCAUGACAAGCUUAACACUGAUAAAUGUAUUUGUAUUGAUCCACUGAUCUGUUCAUAUUUUAUGCCAUGUAGAUGGAGUUUUUAUUGUGUAUGGAGUGUGCUGCUUGAAUAAAGGGGUCAUUUUAUUAAA